UUUUCCAAGCUCAACACUUUCCAUACUUUAAUAACUCGUACUUCAUGCAUUACAACUUGUACCUUACCAUAUUUUUCGACUAUUUCACAGUGAAACUGUAAAAGUAAACCUUUUAAAGAUAGGAUUCCCUUUUCUCUUUGCCCUUUCGCAUACAAUAAAACACAGAUACCAUUCUCGAGAAAUUUACAGUAGCUGAAGACAUGGCUGCUGUUCAAGAAGAAGAAGAUGAUGAUGAAAUGAAACUGGAAAAGUCAAACAACUUGGUCAAACUUCCGACCACACUUGCCUCCAUUGAAUCCUUGACCUUUCCUUUAAUUCAAGAAGUUGUUUUAAUGGCGGAUUUUCGAUGCAAAAUGUGUCAAGAUAGAGUUGCAAAUAUUGUUUCCAAAUUUAACGGGGAGAUGGAGUCCAUGGAGAUAAUGAUCAAGGAGAAGAAGGUAAUCCUCACAUUUACAAGUAGGUACUCGAGAGUAGUAAAGAAAAAUGGGAAAAAACUCGAAGUUGCUGCAUUCUAUAAGGAUAUUGUCAAUAGAAUUUCAUGUGUCAAACGAUUUUUACGGUUUUCAAAUACUCGAUGAGUAUAGUAUUGUGAUGGAAUGUGUAUAAAAUUGAAUGUACAUGUCAAAAAUACAUUUGAUAGGUUAACUAGUACACAAAAUAACCACACCGGUUAAUCCACAAGUAUGAAGUUCAUGUGUUUUUUUUUUUCUUUUGUAUUAACCAUCUAUCACUAUGGUUGGAUGACCAACUCUAUAUAUUACAGAUGUAACUCAAAAUUCAACUGGAAUCAUGUGUGCUUAUGGA